AUGGCUGGGAACAAUUUCACUGAGGUGGCUCUCUUUGUACUCUCUGGAUUUGCAGAUCAUCCUGAAUUAAAUGUCAGUCUUUUCUUAAUAUUUCUCUUCAUUUAUCUAUUCACUGUCUUGGGUAACCUUGGACUGAUCAUGCUAAUCAGAACUGACUCUCAGCUGCACACACCUAUGUACUUCUUCCUUAGCAAUCUAGCAUUCAUUGACAUAUUUUAUUCCUCUACUGUAACACCCAAGGCGCUGGUAAAUUUCCAAUCCAAACAGAAAUCCAUCUCCUUUCUCGGUUGCUUUGUACAAAUGUAUUUUUUUGUUGGUUUGGUGUGCAGUGAAUGUUUUCUUCUUGGAUCGAUGGCUUAUGAUCGUUACGUAGCUAUCUGCAAUCCUUUAUUGUAUGUGGUAGUCGUGUCCCAGAAAGUGUGCAUCUGGCUAGGAGCAAUGCCCUACGCUAUUGGUUUCACAAACUCACUGAUAUCUGUCUGCAUGAUCAGCAGUUUGGACUUCUGUGAAUCCAGCAUCAAUCACUUUUUCUGUGACACCACAGCUCUUCUGGCGCUGUCCUGUAGAGAUGCAUUUGGCACGGAACUGGUGAUUUUUAUUUUAGCAGGAUUCACUCUUCUUAGUUCUCUCCUCAUCAUUACAGUGACUUAUGUCAGCAUCAUCUCAGCCAUCCUGAGGAUACAGUCUGCAGCAGGCAGGUGGAAGGCCUUCUCCACCUGUGCCUCCCACCUCACAGGUGUAACUAUCUUCUAUGGGUCCCUGAUUUUCACAUAUUUGCAGCCUGACAACACAUCAUCCCUGACCCAGGCGCAGGUGGCAUCUGUGUUCUACACUAUUGUCGUUCCAAUGCUGAAUCCUUUGAUCUAUAGUCUGAGGAACAAAGAUGUGAAAAAUGCUCUCCUGAGGGUCGUGCAUGAAAGACUUUUCCCUCAACAGAUAUUGCAUGCUGCAGUUUAA